AUGAAAGAGUAUUUCAGUUAUCGCAUUUUCAUCAUUCUCUUACCAUUGUCCAUCAUCUGUAGUGGCAACAACAGUACAAAGCAGGUAUCGAACAGCCAUUCAUUAAGGAAAUAUAUGUUACGCCAGAGCACCAACUUGCUCGCAGGCUAUUUGGAUAUUAAUUAUCAGUCUGCCAUUAGAUGGAGACCCUCUUUAAAUGAGGUGCCCUUUUAUCCCGUUUUCAAGAACUUAAAUCUUUAUAUAGCUUGCACUCAGUGACAAUUUUCAGAGUUUCUAUGUGCGUUACAAUAUUCUAAGGCGCCGGAUGAAGAUUUGUAAUGUCCAGCAUCUAUCGAAUUCAUUUAUCCCAUAGGAAUGUUGCUCUCAAGGACAACCGGGACUACCAGGGACCCCUGGGGCACCUGGAGCAUCCGGAGCUCCGGGAAUUCCGGGUAGCCCUGGUACCCCGGGCACCCCCGGUACCCCGGGCACCCCCGGUACCCCAGGCACCCCCAGUAUCUGUGGAACUCCUGGAAUGGCAUUUAGUUCACGGCGAUGGAAACAAUGCGUUUGGUCAUCUUCUAAUUCACGGGAUGACAGAGACAGUGGGCAAGUGCAUGUAGGUAUAUUCAGUGGCUAUUAACUGAUUAACUGUCUCGUAAUUAAGAUGGUUAGGCACCGCAGACAGUUCAGUUGGAGACUCAGGCCCCGGCCGUCCACACAGAUCCGGAUAUUUUUGAAUCCGCAACUUUUUCCUUCCGGAUACGACUUCCGUCCACACGUAUCCGGUGAAUCUGGAAUACGAAUCCGCAACUUUUUUAAUCCGCUCUCCAGUGUGGAAAUUUUUGAAUACGCUAUGAAUCCAGAAUCGCGUGGACGCUAAAUCCGGGUAUUGUUUAUCCUGUAAAGUUACCAGAUCGAAUCACCCAGUUGUUUAUCGUGAAUAUUCAAGAUGGAAACCUCGUUCCCAGGUUCUCUCUCUUACCCGUCUUUACGAAGCUUGCUCUGUUACCAAUGGUCCCAGAGAAGUCCUGGGUACUAAAGUAAAUCUGCAUACGUUUGUUCAUACGUGUCGGAUACGUGUGGACGGGCAAAUUCAGUUUGAAUAAGGAUACCUGUGGACGUGGAAAUUUUUGAAUCCGGAAAGAAAAAGUUGCCGAUACGUGUAGACGGGGCCUUAAACUCAUUAAUAUUGCCAAGGCUUGCCAGGUUGUGUAGUGUUCCACGUUCAACGACCUGGAACACUACCAAGGCUAACUGGUAACAAAGAUCUUCGUCUAGUCUUAGUUCAUUAGUUCAGUAAUAUUUAGUGAAUGUUCCGACAAGUGUGCCGACUCGCAUGCUUAAAAUUUAAAAGAAGUGUGACGUCAUGUUACCAUGGUAGCAAAAUUUCUGGAUCACAAUAAUAGAGAGCUUAAGCAACGACGCUGGCGACGGUAAAGAGAACUGGAAAAAAGCAACAGGUUUAUAUCAGCAAAACAACAAUUGUGCACGUGCAUCACGCUUUUUUACGUUUCUUCAGGGGCGUAGCCAGGAUUUUUCAAAAGGGGGGUCACAGAGGCUACUCACCAGAUUGUCAUGUCGACCUCCACGCCGUGCAUGUUUUACUUAAUGUUACUAUAUGUGGUUUAUACCGCUGCUCCCCCUCGUGUAUCAGCGGGCUCAGUCGUAUUAUCGCGGCGUGAAGGCCCAUAUUAACUAAAGACAAGAGCCGUUGACGAAAAUACUUUACAAAAAACAAAUUUUAAAAAAGUGGGCUUUUUAACAAUGGCUUUUAUGGCCAAGAUAUCGUCAUGGCGUUUUCGCCACCUGAAUAUUGUAGGUUGUUUGCUCAAAAGAGGGCCUACCAAGGGGGGGUCACGGGCACCCCAAGACCCCCCCUAGCUACGCUCCUGUUCUUAGCCGUCGUUGCACGGCUGCGACGUGAAACUUUUUAACUUCACCCACCCGCCUUACGAAGUAGGCGAGCACCACACAAAAAUUUUCCUUUUUCUUUUUCUAAACUUAGAUACGGUCCUUUCGGAUUUAACCCUAGAAAAUUUGCCAAAAUUUGAUAAAUUAAAUGAAAUUGAAUAAGAUCGAUGAAAUUUGAAACAGUCCGAAUUCACCUUUUUAGUUUGUUGUCAUCCAGAAAUUUUGCUACCAUGGGAACGUGAAGUAACGACUCCUCCCCUCUAUUCAUUUUAAUAGACCAUUUCCGAGUUCCAAAAAAAAUCUCACUUUCAAAACGAGGCUAAGUGCGAAACCUUUGUUGUGAAAAUGAGUUUUAUCUGCAUCAUAAUUAAAAAUCAUUUUCAUAUCAGUGGCUUCGCACUUAGCCUCGCUUUGAAGGCGAGAUUUUUUGGAACUCGGAAAUGGCCUUUUCAAUCGUUUCCACGUGACCUCAGGUAUGUGAUUUCACCAAGCUGAAGUCUGGCACUUUCUUGCGAGUGGUAUACAUGGGUGUCACUCGUAUUCGGGGCUGCACAAACUGCUGCAAGAAAUGGUAUUUCACUUUCAACAGUAAGGAGUGCAGCAAACCAGCGCCCAUCGAUGGCAUUGUUUACCAAAGCAACGAAAUAAACAUCCACAGGUCUACCAACAUUGAGGGCUAUUGCGGUGGGAUUCCAGCAGGAAAAGUGCAAGUUGGAUUCAACGUUGGGGACUGUACUGGAUCGGGGGCAAAGACAGGAGACGCCUGGACGAGUUGGUAUCAAACCAUCAGAAUCAUCAUUGAAGAGGUGGAGCCGCCCGUUGCUUAAAAUAGAUAAAAUCCGGAUUUUCUUGCUAGUAUAGAGAAGCUGAUGUUAAAGCGCUGACGGUCUAUUGUAGAGCUUAACCACGCCUAGUGGUAAUCAAUAAAGGCUGCAAAAUUACGACUAACUUGUGUUCGAUUGAUUCCGGGAAAGUAAUUAAUGUUUUGAAGGAACCGUUUGAGUCCGAGGGGGUACUCCCCUAUAAAAUUGACGAAGGUGCUCGUCGGAAAAUUUAGAGCACACUCCUAAAUAACCUGAGAUCAGGCCCAAUUUUAGCGGUUGUCAUACAUUCUCUCUAAUGGCUACCGCUAAAAUUGGUCGCCUUACCCGCCGGAAUGUUAUUUACAAAGCGAAACGAAAAUUGAUCCUAAUCUCAGGUUACUCCUAAAAGGUACCAUAAUCUUGCUUUAUGGGCUUGUCCCAAAUUCAUUUCCACCCCUAACAGGUACCAAUUCAACAACAACAACUUAUAUAACUGGCACUGCAAAUUUUAAUAGUAAUAAAAUAACUUUCGAACACUUUCUUCUCAAGGACUUUUUUAAAGUAUUGUCAGGAAUCUUUAUGAUAAUCAGUCAUUUUAGGUGUUAGCACCCUAAGCGAUUCCAAUCCACAAAUUUAAACCCCUAAAAGGUACGAUUAGCACCCCCGUCACUUUUGUAGGGGAGAACCCCCCGGGCUUUUGAGUCCCUUGCAAGCAUGAUUACAUCAAAUUGCAUCAUAAUUUACGCGUCUUUUCCAGCGCCCUCAUUGAUAGCAGCAUUUUAUGCUGAAGAGAUAACCCUGGCUAAAUAACAUUUAUUAUUAUUCAUAAAGCGCCGCGGAUAUCUAAAAGUUCUUCAACAUCCGAAUAAUCGGACAAAGAGGUAGCGCUAUCACGUGACGAACUACAGUCAGCCAUAUUCGAGAUCAUUUGUUGUUCCACACGUGUGACGUCACGUCGCGUGAUCAGCAAAAUCGAAGCGUUAAUGGUGGAAGAUCGAAUAAGCGGCAAAUUUAACACUUUAUAUUUUGAUUUCUGAGCCAAAAAGAUCGUUGAAGAUAUAUUUCUUGAUGGUAUUACAUUAAGAAAAACAUUUGCAAGGUUUUUCCGAAAAAAGAUGUCCUACGCGAAAGUUGCCCUUUAACACUAAAGCGUCACCAACGCUCUCCCCAAGAAUCUAUAGAGUACGAGUAGUGUCUCAUUAUCCUCGGGUAGUUGGGGGAUCGAAAUUCGCGAGCGCGCGUAAAAAUCAACGCUCGCGAGAAGAGACGAGACGCAGAGGAAGGAGAGAAACCGGGGUUGAUUACCAUUCGCACAAACCACCUGAGUAGAAACCUUGUGCAUAAACAUAAACUAAACUUUGACGCGGAAGGAGAACAGGCCUGCUAAAACGUAUAUCUAAAUCUUCUGAACAGACUAAAAAGAAAUUGCAUCGCGUCAAAUCACAGCCCGUAUUUUUCACGGAAGCUUCCCAGACGGAAUUCACCAAACCAAUCGAUUUUCCGUUUUUCCAGUUUGAAUAGAGGGUAGGUACUCUGGCUGGUGUCACCUUCAUCUCGUGGGUGGCGCUUUUCGCUCGCGCUUACGUAAUUCGCUUGCUCAAUAAUCCCUGUAUAGUGAAGAAAACGAAGGACUACUCUUAGUCCAAAGCACCUCGGUAAAGCACCUUCAGGUUGCGGUUAUGAAAAUUGAGUAAACCGUUUUUACUUACAAAGGAAGUCUACCCUAGUUGUGAUCCAUAUUUUUUACUGUAACAGUAAGAAAUGAACUCGAACUCGUAACCUUUCAAGCUUUUUUGGUAGUCUAUAAAAAGCCUCACUCGCAGGAUUCUACUGUGCAAAUAACCUUCUGGGAAUGCUCAAGUAGUUCAAGGCCUGGUUUUGAUGGGUUUACCCCUGAAAAAUGAUUUAUUGGCUAUAUCUUUGGGAAAGAGGAAGGAAAUGAAUUAAAAUUUGGUACACAUAAAGAACUCAUCGUCCUUAAUAUUUUAGAGUAUAAAUAUCAUGUUAGUUGGUUGGUAAACAAUUGUGAAAUUGGUGACGGGUUUAAGAAAAAAAAUCAAAUAAUAACAUUGUUCUUAUUCAUAUUAAGUAACUCUAGCACUCCAUGUUUGGAAUGACUGUCCAUUGCACUUCAAUUAAAAAAUUACAAGAAAAUGUAUGGUCGUUUUGACGGGCGGCCAAAAAAAGUGGCCGUAAUAAUGAGGCGAACGUAUUACCGAGGUGGUCACGGGGUGGGGGGGGGGGGGUCAGUAUACAUUUAUUUCAAACAUUGGAAGUAAACUAUGUUUAUCCUCUAUCAGAAACGCCAGUUUAUUUAUCCAAAGAAAGUAAAUUCGCCAGCAAUUUCCUGCGCUGGGUACCAGAGGUUUUUUCUCGCGUGCUACUAGGAACUUCGUCGGCCGAAGAGCGAUGACACGAGUGGCGAAGCACUUCUUAAGACUUGACCGAAACCGAAAACCGCGCAUGAAAACCCUCUGGCACCCAGGGUACCAAUUUCCUUCAUUUUCAAUUUUUAGUCACGAGACAUGUCACGUGACCAUAAUUAAUGGCUAUGUCACAAGAAGACCUCAAGAUAUUCUUUUGGGAAAAAAAAAUUCAUCUUGUUCUAGCUAUCCUAGCGAAAGAUAUUGCCAAUCAAUCAUAUUCUCUGAACACUCAUUGGACUUAUGCCAGGACUUGAAUUGAGUGGAACAAUAUAUUUUAACGAUCAGAACAUGAUUUCCCUCAGUCAUUAUUAGGAAGACAAUUGAAAUCUUUAAUUUAGAAUUAUAUACAAGUCAUAAAUGAUCAGUAUUAAUGGGCUUAUCUCUUUUUAAAAGAAGGGAUUUAAUACGUAGCUUUCUAUAACCUACCCUGCGAGCAGAGGCCCUUCGAUCUUCCUACUUAUCUAGGAAGAUCGAAGGGCCUCUGCUCGCAGGGUAUCUAUAACCUGACAUGUUUACAACAUCAGUGACAAAGGAAAUCAGCCAAAAGCAAGAUAGCGUGGCUUGAAUGAUAAUUGCAAAUCACGUUCUAAUGUGCAUAAUUAUAUUCUGAUACAUAAACUUGUUUCAACGGGAACUUGCUAACCAAGAAAACAAGGAUUUUUUGUGGUUCAGUAGUGUUUAUCAGCGAGUUGUGAUUUAGCUAAUCUGACGACGGACGGUAAGGUCGCAACUUUUUGCCAGUUUCUUAGUUUUUUGGAACCCUUAUCCACUUGAUUUCUAUUUUUUCUAGAUCAAUGAGUUCAGACAAGCCAGACUCUUGAAUAGUCAUAUUUGAUACUGAAGGUAAGAAACUAGAAAUUUUAUAAAUUGCUAUGUUUUUGCGCUUCAAUUAUCAUCAAGCUAGAAUAAGACGUCCUAAAUUCCACUUUAGAGACUUUUUUAUUAGCGAAAUCAUGAAGACUUUCUAAAGUCCUUCACUUCUCGUUUCUGGUCCACCUAAAACAUAAAAAAUUUCUAGCUCGUGCUAGAAAUUUUGAGCUCGACUUGUGGUCAAAGUCUAUAGUGAAAUCAGUUUUAUCUGCCUUCCAGUAUAAUAAACAGAAUUAACUUAAAUCACCUUUCUUUAUCUUGAAAUUUAUUACAAUGUAUAUAGUUGGCGGUACACAAGCUAGAUACUUAAUGGAACAUUUCUCAGAGUUUUUCGUUUGCUAUAUUGUCUGUUGAAAAGAACUACAAAAAUACAACUGUAACUUCUUUAAUGCUGCUUUUUCGUUUGUAAGACAAAGAUUCAAUCGUAUCUUUUUUGUCGUUACACACUCAGAAGCUAAAAGCUAAUACUGAUUAAAAUACAGCAAAGAAGUGAAGAGCUCCAAAGUAAUAAUAUUUAUAAACAUCAUGGGCUCCUGUCAGCCGGCCAUAUUUUAAGACAGAACCCAACAUUAAACUAACGGCGGCGCAUGAGUAUUAAACUGAUCCGUAUUUUUUGAACUGAACCAGGCAUGAAACUACAUCUUUUUGUCAACGCACUGGUACUUUGGGUUAUCAUCAUUGGAGGCAACGGGUUUCAGCAGGUAUAGUUGAUCUUUAAGGAACUACAUUAUGGACAAGUCUUUACAGUGUAUGCCCUCGGCUUAACUGGACAGCCCAAACUCAGUUUCUACUGAGUCCCAUUCAUUAGGAGUUUCGUAAUAGAGUUUACUACUCAGCCAGAAGCCACUGUAAAAUUAUCGCUUUAUACCUGGGAGUUGGUCAGGAAGUAGGCGUAACCUGAAAUCAGACCGAUCUAUUCUCCUAUUCAAGAGAGUUAAAUGUCUAGUCUGUAUCUUGUUUUCCCAGGUUUUGUAGAACGCUCAUCUGACCUGAUUACCAAUGUAAUGAAAUCGAGAGAGUAUUAAACAUUAUGGGCCCGGCUUGAUAAAACCUUGAUGUCCACUAGUUAGCUGUUAGUUUGUGGUCUCUGAAAAAAGAUUUGUUCAUUUUAUCUUGUAGCAAUGUUCUCUUCAAGGACAACCUGGAACCCCUGGGGCACCUGGAUCUCCCGGGCAACCCGGAGCUCCAGGGAUUCCGGGUACUCCUGGUAUUUCAGGAACCCCGGGCAUACCGGGUGGAAUGACAUUAAGUUCACGUCGAUGGAAACAGUGCAUUUUUUCCUCUAAAACGUCAAGAGAUGACAGAGACAAAGGACAAGUACAUGUAAGUAUAGCACAAAAUGAGAAAGGAAUAAAUAUCAACUGAUUAUAGGGUAAUCAACCCAUUUCUUUUGUAAGAAAAAUCGAAUCUUUUUAGUGGCUACUACGAAGUCAACCAAAAAAAUCCCCCCUUUUAUAACCGUCGAGGAUUUGUAUAUAUAUUUAUAUACCCGAAAAGAUGACUGAAUAUUCAUAAAUAUCUCACUUCCAGGCACUUCAUCUAUCACUUUUUGAGUACCAACUUAAUUCCUAAAUAUUUCCAUUUUCCCCUAUCAUCAGUCUCUCAGAAAAAUCAGAUCUUGAUUUUUUCAUCCUAUGCCAUGCUCAGCUUGCCCUUUGGGCCAGCGUUCUUUUGCUAUUAAACUGUUUGAGAGAUUUAUUUAUUUCGCCAACCUUUCCCUCCUUGCUUGAUGAAUAAUAUUCCAUCUACCCGAGUUGCAUCAGAAAAACGAAUGUUUUCACAAACAGGAUUUGUGUUAAUCUUCUCUCGAAAAUACAGGCUUGCGAUUUCACCAAGCUGAAGUCUGGGACCUUCCUGCGUGUGGUAUAUAUGGGUAUUAUUCGCAUUACAGGCUGCACACACUGCUGCAAGAGAUGGAAUUUCACUUUCAACAGUAAGGAGUGCAGUAAUCCAGCACAAAUUGAUGGAGUCAUUUACCACGGUAUUAACGCAAACAUCCACAGGCCUGCCAACAUUGAGGGUUACUGCGGUGGGAUUUCUGCUGGGAAGGUGAAAGUUGGAUUCAGCGUUGGCGACUGUACUGGAUCAGGGGUUAAGGCAGGAGACGCCUGGACGAGUUGGUAUCAAACCAUCAGGAUCAUCAUUGAAGAGGUGGAGCCGCCCGUUGCUUAAAAUGGAUAAAAUCCGGAUUUUCUUGCUGGUAUAGAGAAGUCGAUGUUAAAGCGCUGACGGUCUCUUUUGUAGGGAUUAACCAUGUAUAGUGGUAAAAAAUAAAGGCGG